AUGGAGCUCUGGGGGGCCUACCUGCUCCUCUGCCUCUCCUCCCUCCUGACCCAGGUCAGCGCCGAGCCGCCGUCCCCCAAGGUCAAGAAUGCCAAGAAAGACGUUGUGAGCCCGAAGAUGCUUGAGGAGCUCAAGAGCCAGCUGGAGAGCCUGGCGCAGGAGGUGGCGCUGCUGAAGGAGCAGCAGGCCCUGCAGACGGUCUGCCUGAAGGGCACCAAGGUGCACAUGAAGUGCUUCCUGGCCUUCGCCCAGGCCAAGACCUUCCACGAGGCGAGCGAGGACUGCAUCUCGCGCGGGGGCACGCUGGGCACCCCGCACUCGGGCGCGGAGAACGAGGCCAUGUUCGAGUACCUGCGGCAGAGCGUGGGCGCCGAGGCCGAGAUCUGGCUGGGCCUCAACGACAUGGCCGCCGAGGGCGACUGGGUGGACAUGACGGGCGGCCACAUCGCCUACAAGAACUGGGAGGCGGAGAUCACGGCGCAGCCGGACGGCGGCAAGGCGGAGAACUGCGCCGCGCUGGCCGGCGCCGCCUCCGGCAAGUGGUUCGACAAGCGCUGCCGCGACAGGCUGCCCUACAUCUGCCAGUUCGCCAUCGUGUAG